AUGUUGGCUGAUGAACAGAAACCACAUGUCAAAUUGGAAACCAAUGACGGUGGCCAGGCCGUUGCCACCAGCACCCCUGCUAUUACCACUGCCACUACUAGUCCUCCAAGCAAACAGGUAUGUUGUCUUGUUUCACGCAUGCAUGCGAAUAGCUUCCAACGACCAAAGAGCUAACAUCUUUUUUUUUUUUUUAUUUCAUUUCUAGAAACGUAAAAAGACGUCUAGAGCAUGUAAUCAUUGUCAUAAGGCACACAUGACUUGUGACUCGGGAAGACCUUGUAAACGGUGCAUCCAACGAGGGUUUGAACUGACCUGUCAAGACGCCCCAAGGAAAAGGAAAAAGUAUUUGGACGAUAUCCCCAACUCGAGUUUGAAUUCAAGUGGACAUGCUGUCGACGGCAAAAAUAUUCAGAGCUUGCAUACCCCCUCGUCGACAUUUGAACCUGCUCGUACCGAGCUGCCACAGGUCCAACCACAGCAGCGGGAAAUGCGCGAACGAAUACCGGAGGUAGGGGCACAACCACAAGUAGAUCAACUGCAGCUGGUCCCACCGGCGCAUUUACCGAGUCAAAAUCCACAACUACACGCCCAGGAUCACAUUCAACCACAGUGUGAACCGCAGUCUCAGCAGCUGCCGUUUCCGGCACAACCUCGAAGAUUGCCUCAACCACAUGAACUUGAAGUUUCAAACCAUAGAACUCAUGAAGCUACGAUGUUCCAGCACAGCUCAACAGCCCCAGAAUUGACUCACCCGUUUCUUCCGGAUACAGAGAAUCACCACCACCACCAGAACCACCAGAACCAACAACAGCAACAGCGUGUUUACGGAGAAACAAACUCACAUACUCACCACCCUUAUCAGUUACUGCAACAUUCAAUCAGCCUAAACUCUCAGUCCAACCACAUUAACCCGCAAAGUAGGACCAAAUUCAUGUCUUCUGCUGCCGAUUUGGAAUACGCAACUUUGUCCAACAUCUUGCAGGAUACUUUUGGCCACCAAACAACUUCAAACGAAGGGACGCCAAACUCACACGGGUUUUCACCUACUCAUUCGCCUCACAAUUUACCAAACAACGCACCAAUUAGACCGCACUUGCCUUCCUCUGAAGCAUUAAAGAUCCGCAAUGAAUCAUUUGACCACAAUGCCACAACUACACCAUCGCCACUCAACCAUACCAGAGCCAGCAUCUAUGAAGACUCGUCGAAUCCCAAGUGUGACGAUAGCAUUAAUCAAUAUUUCGUCGGAAAGACCGACUCGGAUAAUACCGUUUUCUUCCCCGAUGUGAUCACCGCCAUUGACCAGAUGAAAAACGAUGACUAUGUCGUAUACAGGGAGCGAAAUUCCAAACUGAAGCUUUCAUUCUCCGUGGGGAUUUUGCCAGAAGAUAGCACAAGUCAAAUAAAUAGCACCGAGGACACAUUAUACAAGGAGCCAGAGGAAAUCUAUGCAAAAGUUCGAAAACCCUUUUCAUAUACACCGGGGUACCACUCCCUCAUUGCCUACUUGAGAAAGCGGUUUUCCAAGCCCAUGCUUGUGAAAAUGGCCGAGUCAAUGGCGGCAUACCGGCCGUCCUUCAUAGCCUGCACCAAUUCCUUAAAAGAACACGAUUUGAUAUUUAUGGAACAAUGCUUUCAAAGAACGUUGCUUACAUAUGACAAUUUUGUCAAGAUUAGUGGCACUCCCACCAUUGUAUGGAGGAGAACUGGAGAAAUUGCAUACGUAGGCGACGAGUUCUGCAUCCUCACCGGUUGGAGCAAAGAAGAAUUGCUAGGUGGCAAAACCACCAAAAAGAAAUUCAUCGUGGAGUUGUUGGAUGACAAGUCUGUGCUUGAGUAUUUCCAAGUGUUUUCUCGAAUUGCAUUUGGCGAUUUCUUGGGGGCAACAAUGACUGAAUGCACCUUGCUUACGCCGAAGGGAGACGUCAAGAUUAGAACUGGAUGCAUGUGGACUUUGAAGCGGGAUGUGUUUGGUAUUCCUAUGAUGAUUGUCGGUAACUUCCUCCCUAUUCUAUAG